AUGGGAAACCACAGCAUGUUCAGUGAGUUCAUCCUCCUUGGAUUUUCUGCUGACCCUCAGACCCAGACUGUGCUCUUCAUGUUCUUUCUGGUGAUUCACCUCCUGACUCUGAUGGGGAACCUGGUGAUGCUGCUGAUGAUUAGGGCUGAUUUUCACCUGCACACACCCAUGUACUUCUUUUUGGGACAACUGUCUUUCCUGGACCUCUGCCACUCAUCUGUCACAGUCCCCAAGAUGCUGGAGAAUCGGCUUUCUGAAAGUAAAACCAUCUUUGUAGAGAGCUGCCUGGCUCAGGCCUUCUUUGUGUUUGCCACCGGGGCCACUGAGGCCUGCCUGCUGGCUGUGAUGGCCUAUGACCGCUACGUAGCCAUCAGCUGCCCUCUGCUCUGUGGCCAGCUGAUGAACAAGCAGCUCUGUGCUGGGCUGGUGUGGGGCUCCUGGAGCCUGGCCUUUGUUGAUGCUCUCAUCAAUAUCCUCCUGGCUGCCAGUUUAGACUAUUGUGAGGACCAAACUAUUCCCCACUUCAGCUGUGAGCUGUCUUCUCUCUUCCCUCUGUCUUGCUCUGAUACCUCCCCCAAUUUCACACUCCUGCUCUGCUCUUCUGUCUUGCAUUUCUUUGGAACCUUCAUUAUGAUUGUUUCCUCCUAUGCCCGCAUUGUCUCCACCAUCCUGAGCAUCAGCUCCACCUCAGGCAGAAGCAAGGCCUUCUCCACCUGCUCCUCCCACCUCACUACUGUGAUCUUGUUCUAUGGCUCAGGCUUCCUCAGCUAUCUCUUGCCAACCUCCGGAUCCCCCCUGGAGAUGGUCUUCUCCUUGCAGUACAGUGUGGUCACUCCCAUGCUGAAUCCUCUUAUCUACAGCCUGCAGAACAAAGAGGUGAGGGUUGCUCUGGGAAGAAUGUUAAGAAGAUAUGUUAACUUUUUCACAUAG